UACUUCAGAGGUCACAGUCAGAGCCCACGUGCUGAGUUCCCAUGAACAUUUCAGACGAUCUCUGAAUGCAAGGUGGAUCAGGCAUCAGACUGUACUGUUUCAGGCAUUGACAAAGCUAAACCUUUGGAGGCAUCAUGCCUCCUGCGGCAACCACCAACCUGGAAUACACCCCUCCAGAUGGAGGCUGGGGCUGGGCUGUAGUCUUAGGUGCUUUCAUCUCUAUUGGAUUUUCAUAUGCUUUCCCGAAGUCCCUCACCAUCUACUUUAAGGAGAUUCAGGAGUAUUUUUCUGUGUCCUACAGUGAGAUAGCAUGGGUGUCCUCAAUUAUGCUCGCUGCUAUGUACGCAGGAGGUCCUGUGAGCAGUAUACUGGUGAACCGCUAUGACAGCAGACCUGUGGUCAUGGUUGGUGGCCUUAUGGUCGGGAUUGCUAUGAUAGCUGCUUCCUUUGGCCAUUCUAUAAUGCAUCUGUAUUUAUGUGUUGGAGUAAUCGGAGGAUUUGGCCUUGCUUUCAACCUACAGCCCUCUCUUACUAUCAUAGGAAAGUACUUCUUGAUCAAAAGGCCAAUGGCAAAUGGGCUAGCCAUGGCAGGUAGCCCAGUUUUCCUCUCCACUCUGGCUCCACUCAACCAGUUCCUGUUUGACAGUUUUGGCUGGAGGGGAAGUUUCCUCAUUCUGGGAGCCAUUGUCCUUAACUGUUGUGUCGCUGGUGCUCUGAUGAGACCAGUCAACGCAAAGAAACAACAAAGUACAACAACCUCAGCUAUCUCUAAUGGAGCAUCACCUGAGAAAAGUUCUGAAGACAACACCAACACACCAUCCACUAGCCUUCUUGAUGAACAAGGAGAGCCACAGAAGAGUGCCUGUGCUGAUCAAAUGAGUUCAUUUAUAGAUCUCUCUCUCUUCAAACACAGAGGUUUCCUCAUCUACCUAGUGGGUAAUGUGUUCAUGUUUUUUGGCUUCUUUGCGCCAGUGGUUUUCCUGGCCCCAUAUGCCAAACACAGAGGGAUUGAUGAGUACUCAGCAGCCUUACUACUCUCCAUUUUUGCCCUAGUAGACAUGUUUGCAAGGCCAGGUACUGGUCUCAUAGCCAAUACCAAGUGGAUUAGGCCCAGGAUCCAGUACUUUUUCAGCUUUGCUGUAGCGUACAAUGGUUUGUGCCACCUUAUGUGUCCUCUGUUACCUGGAUACACUGGUCUGGUCGUCUAUGCGGUCUUCUUUGGUGUGGCAUUUGGAAUGGUGUGUGCCUUGCUGUUUGAGGUGCUGAUGGAUCUAGUUGGAGCACAGAGAUUCUCCAGUGCAGUAGGACUUGUCACCAUUAUUGAGUGUGGCCCUGUUCUUCUUGGCCCUCCAAUUGCAGGAGCACUGGUGGACAUCUUCAUGGACUACAAAUACAUGUACUAUGCAUGUGGUGUCAUGAUGCUCCUGCCAGGUAUUUUCCUUUUCGUCAUGAACUACUUCAACUACCAACGCCUGGACCAGGAGGAGAAGCUGAGGCAGUGCCAGGCUGUGGACAUGGGGGCUACAAAGAUGUCUGUGGAGGAGGGAGAAGGGGAAAGUCAAAUGAGCCAAGAAGUCUGAAUGGCUUUUGUGGAGUGCUGAACUUCCUGGGACUAAACACUGUACAGGUUAAUAAUGUUUUGCCUGUCUGGGAAAAAUUUAACAUAUUGCUCAAUAGAAAAAAUUGUCUAUAUUAUGAAAGCUGUACACAGGAUUUGUUUUUUAGAAGAAAAAAAAAUCAGCUUUUUAGUAUACUGUGUUAAUAAAUUUGAGAUAAUACUUUUAACAUGUCAAAAAGAAUGAAGCGAUAAAAUGUGAUAAUCCAUUAAAUGAAACAAGAUAAUUUACAAGUACAAGCAGGUUGUUGUAUAAAGGCAAACAAAUGUAUUGUAUAUUUAUUACCAAUAGGUGGUGCUAGAGGUUGUCAGAGAUUGAUCCUCCAACGAUAACUAGAAACACUUCUUUGCAUCUCUACGGAGUACAGACACAUAAAACAACCUCACUGUGUGAAAAAGACUCCCUUAAGGUAGGCUUCCAUAGCCUGCAGGCACCAAGUGUUGAGUGAUGUGAUGAUAAUAUUGUGCCUGGACCCAUACAACUGCAAUAAGAGAAACACAACGUGUUAUUCAGAUCAAUGCUCCAUUUAUUAUUAUUGUAAAAAUGAUACAGUACAUGAUCCCAUAUAGAGAUGUCCUGUAGGCAGAUGUUAUUUACAUCGCAAAUGACCGUGGAAUAGCUUUAAAAAAAAAAAAUAAUAACUUUGGAAAUAAUAAUCUGAAAAUCUUUUAAACAGGAUUUGUAACUAGAAAAUCUUG